AGUUAGUCACUUAAUUGUUGGUAACACAGAAAACUACUUAUCGACGAUAUAAGUUCAAAAUAUAUAUAUUUAUUUGUAAAUCGUGAAAGUAAGGUUAGAAAGAAAGAGGAAUUAGCAGUUUAUAUAUUUCUCAAAACGAAACAGAUAAAAGAAAAAAAAAGAAAUUAUGUCCCUGUUUCCAGCUUAUUCCAGCGAUAAACUCGAGUCAACAAAUAACGAUAAUACAGAUAAUUCCAUCAAAUGGUUGUCGAAUUCGAGUUUUCAAACACCAGUACCAGCUAAAAGAGAGACUUCUAAUUUAUCUUUUGAUUCUUCAUCCGAUGAAUCUUUACAUGACACACCUAGUGCAGAAAAACAAGUAAAUUCUGAAACAACUCUUCCGGAUACAAAGAUACAUGCAAAACAAAAAGAAUCAAAAACUGACAAGGCACAAAAGGCAAAGAAGAAACGAUAUACACAUGAUAAGAAAUAUAAACCAGAAUAUGAACAAGAUGUUAAGAAUGUAUAUUUUGAAGAUAAGCAUAGAGAUAAAGGAAAUAAUAACAUAAAUACAUUCUGCCCUAGAGUGAGGCCAUCUUAUGAAAUUAAUGAAAAAUUCAUUAGUUUUAUUAAACAUAAACAACCAAAAGAUACAUUUCAGAGAUAUUAUGUCAAAAGUAUUGAUGAUUCUAUUGAAUCAUUAAAGAAGAAAGAUACAGUUAUUAAAAAAACGAUUGAAAAAGAAAGUUCAGUGCAAGAUGAAGAGGUAAAUGAAAAUGUAUCUUCUUGGUGUAAGAACUUAGAAGAGGAACAAAAGUGCAAAACUCGGGAAUAUAAUGAACAAUUGGCAGAAAAUCCAGAUAAUAUUGAACUUUGGUUACAAUAUAUCAACUUUCAGGAUACUCUGGUUUACUAUCAGAGACAACAAUUAGCCAAAGACAUACAUCGAUCUACAGCACUGAAAAAGUUAUCUAUUGUUGAGAAAGCACUUGAGAAAAACAUAGAUUCCAAGGAAUUAUUGAAAUUAAAAUUACAUUUGAUGACAGAGUUAACACCUUCUGAUGAACUGUCGAAUCAAUUGGAAGCAUUAGUCAAUAAGGAUUCAGGAAACAUUGUAUUGUGGCAACACUUUAUUAUGGUCACACAAGCUUCGGUAGCAAUGUGUACUGUACCGCGAGUAUUGGAUUUAUAUUCAAAGUGUUUUUGUGUUUUGAGACAACGCGCAAGAACAAAUCCUUCUGUUUAUGAUGCACAAUUGUUACAUAUGCUAUAUCAAUGUUUAAUAUUCUUAAGGCAUACAGGAUUAUGGGAACAAAUGUGGGAAACAAUGCGUCUUAAUCUGAAUUUAAAUCUAAACUUAAAACGAGCUAGUUUAUCUUUUCGAGCUUCUAUAGAUGAAAAAAAAUUAAUUGGAAUGGAAGAGAUAAUAUUGAUGUCACGGCUACCGCUUAAUCAACUGUGGCAAAGGGUAGAAUCAUUAAGAGAGAAUUGUCAUUGGAUUAGUGUUAGUAGAGAUGAAUUAGAGUUGGUUGGAGAUUCUCGAAGAUUUAUUUUACCGGAAGAUGUAGCAGAUUUUGUACAUCCAAUUCUCUCUCGUAAUUCAAACUUCCAAAUGGCUAUUUAUACUUUUUUGUGUCUGAAAGUACCACUUCUGCCUUGUCGGGAUUAUUAUAUAAAUGAAUUAUUAUUGAAAGACUUUAAUUGGGGUAUAGAGUCUUUGGAAGUAUUGCUUCCAUUCAUGUAUCCUAUGAUAGGUGAAAUGGCUGGUCAUAACCAAAGAAAAGAAUUAUUGAAGGAUCUUCUUGAAGGACGUUUAACAUCAGGUCCUCAAUAUAUCAAGUUUCAUCCAGCACAAGAAUCAUAUUUGGAUUUUGUACGUAAAAUAUUCCAUACAAUCGCAGAAAGUUUACCCUCGCUCCAACGAACGAGUAUAUAUGUCUGGUGGUUGCGAUUGGAAAGAUUACUAGUUUCUCUCAACAAAGAUGAACCCUUGAAACAUGAUAAUAAAGGGAAAAAACUAAGGACAACAUUGAAAGAGUUUUUAAAAAAAGACGAAAAUAGAAAUAAUCUGUACUUCUACAAGGAAUAUGCCUUAAUAGAAUUGGAAAUGGGCAGAUUCAGUAACUGCAUGAAUAUCCUUGAGACUGCCAUUCAAUCUCAAGGCACAUGCCCUUCUGCAAUUACCAACAAGUUUGAGAGAGCAGCGCUUUUUAAUGUGUAUAGAACAUUCAUUGAGACGUUACUCGAUAUUAGAACGUACAACGAAUCGCAUAAACAAUGGAUAAUAAAAGUCUUUGGUCAAAUGGUAUCUAAUAUAAACGAAAAUCAAGACUCAUCGAUUGAAACAUAUUUACAUUCGUGUGUGCAAGACUUUCUGCGAGUUGCUCCUGAUGAGAAUGAAAAGGAUACCUUUUUUCUGUCAAAUUUACAAUGCGAUGCGAUUGUAUGUUACACUUACUUUCUAUACAUAAAAAACGAUGAUAUCCAAAGUGUUAUCAAGAUAUUGGAAAAUUGUAUCGAUCAUUCCAAGGAUUAUCCUUAUUUACAGGAAAUGUUAUAUGAAAGUCAAAUUGCAAUUUUGCAAUUACAUUACGAAAGGACUAAGACAUUAGAGUCUGUGUUAAAAGAGACUCUAAGUAGAGCUUUAAAUAUAUAUCCAAAUAACUUUUAUGCUCUUUCUGUAUUUGCCGUCAUAGAGAGUGAAUUGCCAACUUGGAGAUUCAAUAGUAGAAAUUCUGAAAUUAAAUUGUGGCGAGCCAUUGCGAUGUGUUUAGCCGCUCGCAGACGAAUUGAUCUCUUAAUGAAACUUGAUCAUCCCUAUGCGGUGAAUGCUGGAUUGAAUAAGCUAUUAUCGUUUCAUCAAACCCUUUCUAGAAUACCAUCAAUUAGAUGUUGUCCUUUAUUAUGGAGACUGUAUAUGUUCUUACUUCGGGAGCAUAAUUUGUGUGAGAAAAAGGGAGAAGAAAUUUAUCACGAGAGCGUCACUCAGUGUCCAUGGGCGAGAAGCAUUUACAUAGAUGCAGCUGAAGUAGCACCUCAACUUCUUACACAGAUCCAGGAUCUCAUACGCGAGAAAGAAUUAAGAUUGCAUGUCACACCUGAAGAAUUGGAUAUUCUACGCGGAUAAUUUAAUUCUUUAAUAACUAGAAAAGAGAACCUGUAAUAAAUAUAUAUUUUUUAAAAGAUGGAUUUGAAAGCUACAGUUAUUUCUGGA